AUUUUACCUAAACUAACUUAUAUUAUUUUACUCAUAUUAUUUAUUAUCAGAAAAAAUAUAAAGAAAAAAAAUAUAAGCCUAAUAAUAAGUCUCUGUAACAUAGUUCGAAAGUUCCUUUAGAGAUGGCAAAGUUAUGCGUUUUUUCUGCGGACUUUUUGUAAUUUGGCAGCAUGCAAUGGGCCACAUAACCUGCCUUGUGGCAUUUGUAUAUACUUAUAUCACAAACAUAUACAUGCCUAUGAUUUAUAUAUAAAAAAAACGUUCCUUUUUAUAGGUUAUCCACGUUUUCACCGAUGCCGUUUAUAACCACGUGGUCGAUCCAAGACCGCAAAAGCCGAGAUGCGGUAACUGAGGAAUGCAUAAAAUUAACACAGAACCCCGAAUCGCUAAUGAGACUCGUCCGAGUGAUACGUAAGAGGUUAGGCGAUCGUUCAUAGGAGGUUAGUUUGCCAAGAGCGAUGCCACGGUGACGUUUCCAUAUCGCGCGAGAUUACGCAAAGUUUAAUUUAACGCUUUUAGUCAAGCUAUAUCUACCGCAACGACAAUGUUCACGUCAAGAAGGAGGCUGCUGAAAGCCGCUGUGGUCGGGACAAUCGGGCUGGGCACUCUGGCAUCUCUCCGAGCGAACGAGUACGACGUCGGAGCGAUCGGAAUCGUACGACUGAGUCGAGCCGCGCUCACGGUGCUCGAGAUAGGUCGCCACUACAAGAGGGAACUGUACAACAGCAAGCUGGACAAGACGUCAGCCGAGUACCUGCGACUGAAGUCUGACGUUCAUAAAUUCGGGGCGCAAAAGCUGCUGGGGCUGUGCUGCGCCAACAAAGGCGUCUACAUCAAGGUGGGCCAGCACAUAGGCGCGUUGGACUACCUGCUGCCGCAGGAGUACGUACAGACCCUGCGAGUGUUGCACAGUUCAGCGCCCCAGUCCUCGUUCAAGGACAUCCUCACGGUGAUCAGAGAGGACUUCAAGCGGGACCCGUACGAGAUAUUUCAGAGCAUCGACCCAGAGCCGCUGGGCACCGCCAGCCUCGCGCAGGUGCACCGUGCCGUGCUGAAGAACGGCGACCUGGUGGCGGUGAAGGUGCAGCACCGCGCGGUCAAGAGCAACUCGUACAUCGACAUCCGGACGAUGUCGACCCUGGUGAAGAUUACGUCGUACGUGUUCCCGGACUUCAAGUUCGACUGGCUGGUCGACGAGACGAAGCGCAACAUCCCGCAGGAGCUGGACUUCGCCCACGAGGGGAGGAACGCGGAGAAGGUGCAGCGGCUGUUCGGCGACUAUCGGUGGCUGCGGGUGCCGCGGAUACACUGGGACGCGACGUCCCCGCGCGUCCUUACGAUGGAGUUCCUGGACGGCGGCCACGUGAACGACCUCGAGUACAUGCGCGCCCACCAGCUGAAUCCGUACGAGGUCACCAGCAAGCUCGGCCGCCUCUACAGCCACAUGAUCUUCAUCGAGGGCUUCGUGCACUCGGAUCCGCAUCCGGGCAACAUCCUCGUGCGCAACUGCGGCUCUCAGGCGGAGAUCAUACUACUGGAUCACGGCCUGUACGCCGACCUGUCCGACCAAUUCCGCUGGGAGUACUCGAAGCUCUGGCUGGCGAUCCUGGACGGCGAUCGCACCGCCAUGAAGGAGCACUGCGCGCGCCUAGGCGUCGCUGAUCAGUACGGCCUGCUGUCGUGCAUGGUCUCGGGUCGCUCGUGGGACACGAUCGUGUCGGGAGUGCGCAGGAAGCGCUACGACGACCGCGAGAAGGAGCUGUUCCAGCAGCACAUCCCGAACCUCCUGCCGCAAAUCAGCGGCGUGCUGGACCGCGUCAACCGACAGAUGCUGCUGAUCCUCAAGACGAAUGACCUGAUGCGCGGCAUCGAGCACGCGCUGCGCACCCACUCCAGAAUGUCGGCGAUGAUGGAGAUGUCCAGGUGCUGCGUGCGCUCCGUCUACGGCGAGAAGUUGCGGCAGUGUGCGACCGUCUGGGACCGAUUCCGGACAUCGUCGGCGGAGCGCUGGGCGCUGCUCAAACUGUCGUUGUAUUACGUGUACCUGGGCCUGGUAAACUUUGACCUGAAUAACUCCGUCGACUCUCUAUGGACGAAAGACUUUUAUCCGUUUUAAUGAAAUUUCUUGCCUAGAUCAAAUGCAAUUCUGUCGGAUGUCUAAUCGUCUUUCUCCAUUGUCUUCGCUUAGAAGAUUCAUGAUCGAAAAUACGACUUUGCUCAAAAGAUCCUUACGAAAUAUGAAUCUUCCAUUUGCUCCAUCGAUGUAAAUAAAUAUGACGAGGUUUAAUAUAUUGUACAUAGCAACUUGUAAGAUAUGUACAGCGCCUGCUUCCUCGAUUUUAUAGGGACUUUCAGAUCCACCUUGUUGAAGUUACAGACUUUGUACAUGAGAGAGGUGUUAUUUUAUACAAAUUAAAUUUUUUAUUUAAUGAACUCGUA